UUCCUGUCAAGAUGGCGGAUAAUCUACCUUCGGAGUUUGAUGUGGUCGUAAUAGGGACGGGUUUGCCUGAAUCCAUCAUUGCGGCUGCAUGUUCAAGAAGUGGCCAGAGGGUUCUGCAUGUUGAUUCAAGAAGCUACUAUGGAGGAAACUGGGCCAGUUUUAGCUUUUCAGGACUGUUGUCCUGGCUAAAGGAACACCAGGAAAACAGUGAUAUUGUAAAUGAAUGCCCACCGUGGCAAGAGAAGAUCCUUGAAAAUGAAGAAGCUAUUGCUCUUAGCAGGAAGGACAAAACCAUUCAACAUGUGGAAGUGUUUUGUUAUGCCAGUCAGGAUUUGCAUGAAGAUGUCGAAGAAGCUGGUGCACUGCAGAAAAAUCACGCUUCUGUGACAUCUGCGAACUCCACAGAAGCUGCAGAUUCUGCCUGCCUGCCUACAGAAGAUCAGUCAUUAAGUACUGCAAGCUGUGAAAUACCCACAGAACAAACUCCAAGCAGUGAUCCAGAGAGUGCCCUAGAAGUAAAUGAUUUUGAAGCGACAGGAGAGAAAGAAAACCAUUGUGAUAAAACUUGUGUGCCCUCAACUUCAGAAAAGGAAACAAGUGAAAAUGUGCCUAUGGCCGAAAACACCGCAGAGCAACCAAAGAAAAAUAGGAUUACUUACUCGCAAAUUAUUAAAGAAGGCAGGAGAUUUAAUAUUGAUUUGGUAUCAAAGCUGUUGUAUUCUCGAGGAUUGCUAAUUGAUCUUCUAAUCAAAUCUAAUGUUAGUCGAUAUGCAGAGUUCAAAAAUAUUACCAGGAUUCUUGCAUUUCGAGAAGGAAGAGUGGAACAGGUUCCUUGCUCCAGAGCAGAUGUCUUUAAUAGCAAACAACUUACUAUGGUAGAAAAGCGAAUGCUAAUGAAGUUUCUCACAUUUUGUAUGGAGUAUGAGGAACAUCCUGAUGAAUAUAAAGCCUAUGAGGAAAUUACAUUUUAUGAAUAUUUAAAAACUCAGAAAUUGACCCCCAACCUCCAAUAUUUUGUCCUACAUUCAAUUGCAAUGACAUCAGAGACAGCCAGCAGUACUAUAGAUGGUCUCAGAGCUACCAAAAACUUUCUUCACUGUCUUGGGCGGUAUGGCAACACUCCAUUUUUGUUUCCUUUAUAUGGCCAAGGAGAACUCCCUCAGUGUUUCUGCAGGAUGUGUGCAGUGUUUGGUGGAAUCUAUUGUCUUCGUCAUUUGGUACAGUGCCUUGUCGUGGACAAAGAAUCUGGAAAAUGUAAAGCAAUCAUAGAUCAGUUUGGUCAGAGAAUAAUCUCUAAGCAUUUCCUUGUGGAAGACAGUUACCUUUCUGAGAACACAUGCUCGCAUGUGCAAUACAGGCAGAUCUCCAGGGCAGUCUUGAUUACGGAUAGGUCUGUACUAAAAACAGAUUCAGAUCAACAGAUUUCCAUUUUGACAGUGCCAGCAGAAGAACCAGGAGCUUUUGCUGUUCGGGUCAUUGAGUUAUGUUCCUCAACAAUGACAUGCAUGAAAGGCACAUAUUUGGUUCAUUUGACUUGUACAUCUUCUAAAACAGCAAGAGAAGAUUUAGAACCAGUUGUGCAGAAAUUGUUUACUCCAUAUACCGAAAAGGAGAUAGAAAAUGAAGAAGUUGAAAAGCCAAGACUUCUGUGGGCUCUUUACUUCAAUAUGAGAGAUUCUUCAGACGUCAGCAGGAACUCUUAUAAUGAUUUACCAUCCAACGUUUAUGUCUGCUCUGGCCCAGACUGUGCUUUAGGAAAUGAUAAUGCAGUCAAACAGGCUGAAGCACUUUUCCAACAAAUCUGCCCCAACGAAGACUUCUGUCCACCCCCACCAAAUCCUGAAGACAUUAUCCUUGAUGGAGACAGUUUACAACCAGAGGCUUCAGAAUCCAGUGCUAUACCAGAGGCCAACUCAGAGACUCCCAGGGAAAGCGCAAAUCUGAGAAACCCAGAGGAGCCCUCUGAAUAACGAGUAUGCACCAAACUGAAUAGCACAUUUUGGAAAAUCCUCCUAGCCUCAGAGUCCUCUUGAUGGAAGAACUGUUUGAAAAAUGUUACAAAGCAGCAGCCAGUUGACAUGCAGAAUUACCAAGAGAAACAGAUGAUAGAAAUCCAAAAGGGAAUUUUCCUUAAAAAGGACAUUCCAAGACCACAAAACACUUGUAAAGCACAUUGACUUGCCUGAUUUAAGAUACCAAACCUGUGGAAUUAGCAGAUAAAAAUUAUAAAUGGAUUGAUUCCUAGAAAUAUAGCUAUGUUUAUGAAAGUGAUCCUAUGCAUUGUUAAUAAUUCUAUGGUAUUAGGACAGCUUUUGCUUGCCACUUUGGAUCUUUGUUUGAAAACCACAUCUUCAAAAUCUGCUUACAUAUUUCCUUUGAUUAUUUGAGUUAUAUUUUAUUUAUGGGUAUGAGCAUCGUGACACAAAUGAUAAAAGCAUACGUAAAUAUAGCUGAUAAAAACUAAAGUGUCAUGAUCCAGGCAGGAGCCUAUGCUUGAAAUAGAGGUUUGCUUUGUUUUCUAUCUUGAGUAUUGAAAAUGCUAAUAUUAAAGUAGACAUUUUUACAAACAAGUCAUGAGUUCAUUACUCAGUGUUUUUUUUUCUUUUAAAUGUUAGUAGUGAUAUUUGUAUGUGAAUCCUGAACACACUAGGAAGACUCAAUACUGAAGAAAUGGAAGGAAAGAUUUGAAUAGGCUCAUUGGUAUUUGGAAAUUCUGUCUAGUCGAGUAUCUGGAGCACUAGCCUAAUUGUCUAUGGACCUAAUUUAGUCCUAGCUAUGCCACCGAUGAUAUUAAGCAAAUUGUUUAACUUCUGGGCCUCAGUUUCUCCGUAUGUCUACUGUAUGAGAAUGAUUUUGAAGAUAAAUGCAGUGCCAUCCUUAGAAUGGUUUUUCUGGAAUAAAAGUUGUUUCAGAAUUUU